UUGGUCUCUGGGUGUCCCCGCAACGCGGUGAGAAACGACUAGACCAAAUAGCCGGCCGGCGAAGCUUCCACUGAAAGGGAAGUCGUCUCCUUUACUUAGUUGAACCCUUCCAAGUUCCCCUUCUCUCCAUCGAUCUCGCCCAGGUUUUGCGGGCGCGCGCGAGAGAGAUGGCAGGUCGGUUCGACCCCAACCCCUUCGAGGAGGAGCAGGUCAACCCUUUCUCGGAGCCAACACUUCAAGGAAAAGCAACAAGACAAUCAAACUAUGGUGGAGGUCCAUUCUAUACUACGCACCCUGGUAGUAGUCUUUCGGAUUCUAGACUCUCACCUCUUCCUCCAGAACCUGCUGAGUUUUACAACGAUCGUGGUGUGACAAGGGAUAUUCCUGUUGAUACAACAAAGGACCUAAAAAGGAAAGAGAAGGAACUCCAAGCCAAGGAGGCAGCAUUGAGGAAGAGGGAACAGGAAUUAAAACGAAGGGAAGAUGCACUAUCAAGGGCUGGAGUUGUUUUAGAGGAAAAAAACUGGCCACCUUGUUUCCCAAUAAUUCACCAUGACAUCGCAAAUGAAAUCCCCAUUUACUCACAAAGGAUGCAGUAUCUUGCUUUUGCCUCAUUUUUAGGAUUAACCGCAUGUCUGUUUUGGAAUAUCAUUGCAGUCACAACAGCUUUAAUUAAGGGUGAAGGUGUGAAAAUCUGGUUCCUUUCUAUAAUCUACUUUAUUUCUGGUUGUCCUUUAGCUUAUGUGUUGUGGUACCGCCCUCUUUAUCGUGCAAUGAGGACUGAAAGUGCUAUGAAGUUUGGAUGGUUUUUCAUGUUUUACAUGGUUCACAUUGCUUUCUGCAUCUAUUGUGCUGUUGCUCCACCUUUUCCUUUCAAGGGAAAAUCUUUAACUGGUAUCCUAGCAGCAAUAGAUGUCAUUGGUGAUAAUGUUUUGGUUGGGAUCUUCUACUUCAUUGGAUUCGGGUUCUUCUGCAUUGAGUCACUGAUCAGUAUCUGGGUCAUUCAGCAAGUAUACAUGUACUUUAGAGGAAGUGGAAAAGCUGCAGAGAUGAAACGUGAGGCAGCACGUGGAGCUCUGAGGGCAGCAAUAUGAUAUGGACUCCAUAAAUCACAGAUUCUGGUCUGUUAAUACCUGAAGAAAGAAAUAUUCACCAUGCACUGAAGCAUAUGGUAGAUCAUCUAUGUUUUCUAUAUUUGCUUACUGGCUUUCCCCCAUGUAUGUUGUAUGUUCUGAGAUUUAAAAGAUAGAGGUGGUCACAAACAGUAUCAGAGCACAUUGGUAGCUACUAUUUGUUAAUUUUCACUGGAGAGGCCGUAUAGUUUCUAUAUAGUUUCUGCUUUUAUGUUUUUCCUUACCAAUUUUGUUUGUUUGCAUAAUUUUACUGCAAUCGCAGUUUCUGAAUCAAUGAAUGACAAAAAUCCCAUUUU